AUGGCAGAGAGAAAUGCACAUUUCACGGGGCAGAAAUCAUUGUUUUGUUUGUUUCUUGUUACAGCAAUCUUGUUCAUGUUAUCUUGGUUCUUUGUUUGGCGUUCAACUGGCCGACCUCACUUCAUUGACCAUAGUUUAUUACCUAAUUCCAAGAUCUUUGCUACGAUUGACAAUGAUAAUCCUGAACCCCGGAUUCAAAGUGAUAUUGGACCCUCAAUUGGGAAUGCUGAAGAUGAAGUAGAAGCACCACCAAAGAAGAAUCUAGCUGAAUGCAAUCCAAAUAAAGUAUUCCUUAAGGUUUUCAUGUAUGAUUUACCCCCAGAGUUUCAUUUUGAGUUGUUGGGUUGGAAAGCUGAGGGAGAGAGUGUUUGGCCUGAUAUUCGAAAAAAAGUUCCUGAUUAUCCUAGUGGGUUAAACUUGCAACACAGUAUAGAAUAUUGGCUUACGUUGGAUCUGCUAUACUCAGAAUUUGCUGACAGUUUAAGUGGCCAUAGUGCAAUAAGAGUUCAUAAUGCCAGUGAAGCUGAUGUUGUAUUUGUUCCUUUUUUUUCAUCCAUAAGCUAUAACAGGUAUUCUAGGGUGAAGCCACACGAAAAGGGAAGCAAGAAUAAAUUGCUACAAGAAAAUUUGGUCAAAUUUUUGACAACUCAAGAAGAAUGGAAGAGGUCAGGGGGAAGAGACCAUAUAAUUGUCGCCCACCAUCCAAAUAGCCUUUUAGAUGCAAGAAUGAAGCUGUGGCCUGCAAUGUUCAUCCUUGCGGAUUUCGGAAGGUAUCCCCCAAACAUAGCUAACGUUGACAAAGAUAUCAUUGCACCUUACAAGCAUGUAAUCAAAAACUUCGUCAACGACUUGUCUGAUUUUGAUAGCCGACCAACUUUGCUGUACUUCAAGGGUGCCAUAUACAGGAAAGACGGUGGGUUUGUCCGGCAAGAGUUAUUUUAUCUUCUAAAAGAUGAAAAAAAUGUGCACUUCUCGUUUGGAAGUGCCCAAAGAGAUGGGAUUAAUAAAGCUGCACAGGGAAUGCACUCUUCAAAAUUUUGCCUCAACAUAGCGGGUGACACUCCCUCAUCAAACCGCCUCUUUGAUGCCAUUGCUAGUCACUGCGUACCAGUUAUCAUCAGUGAUGACGUUGAGCUUCCCUAUGAAGAUGUCCUUGACUAUUCCGAGUUCUGCAUAUUUGUUCGUACAUCGGAUGCUCUCAAAGGAAAAUUUCUCAUAAACCUCAUCAAGAGCAUUGGACGGGAUGAGUGGAACAGGAUGUGGAAAAGGCUGAAAGAAGUUGAAAAUUUCUUCGAGUUUCAGUAUCCAUCGAAGGAGGGUGAUGCUGUCCAAAUGAUAUGGCAAACUGUGGCUCGUAAGGUUCCUGCUAUUAGAAUGAAGGUACACAAAUCUAAGCGGUUCUCUCAUUGGAAUGGUUCUAGAGAAAGAGGGCCAAGAUCACUCCCAUUGCCAAGAAAUUUUUGGUGA